GAGGACGCCCCCAGUAUAAAAUAGGCGAGGGGCUGCAUCCCACAGCCGCCACUGCAACCCCGGAACAGAGCGAGGCGACGCCGAGGCACCUCAUCUCCGUUGAUAUUUUCGACUAUUUAGGCGAAGGGAAAUGGCGACCGUUCCAGGGGAUCUGAUCUGGCAGAUUGUGAGGAAGAACAACUCCUUCCUGGUGAAGCAGUUUGGCAACGGCAAUGCCAAGGUGCAGUUCACCAAGGAGCCCAACAACCUCUACAAUGUACACUCCUACAAGUACUCUGGCUUAGCAAACAAGAAAACUGUAACGAUCCAGCCAGCUGCUGGAAAGGACUCGGCUGUGGUCCUCUCUACUACCAAGACCAAGAAGCAGAACACACCCGCGAAGCUCAGCCACAAGUCUGUAAUGCGCAAGGAGUUCCGCAAGAUGGCCAAGGCUGUGAAAAACCAGGUUGGCGACAACUAUUACAGGCCUGAUCUGACCAAGUCGGCCCUUGGUAGGCUGAGCUCUGUGUACCGCAGCCUCCAGGUUGCCAAGUCUGGUGUCAAGAAGAAGAACAGGCAGCCUACGCACUAAGCCUGUGUUCUGUCGUUGGUGCCCAUAGUCUCAGCUUAUAUUUAUCCAAUGUCUCCAACAGUUUUGAGACUUGUUAGAACUAGAGCAAAUCGUGUUAAGAUGUUGCCGUUUGUCAUUCUAUAGCAAGAAUUCCAUGACAAAGAUUGCUUGGCACUUGAUUGCUGCUUUGUUUGCAAGCUGGCUGGCCGGGAUUACCCCUGAUUUUUGUUGGGUUCUGGAACAUGUAUGUCUAGCUUCUUAUUGGGUGCU